CCUCUCCCUUUGUGCCACCAGAUGGUCACCAUGGGCCAGUGCUACUACAACGAGACCAUCGGUUUCUUCUACAACAACAGUGGCAAGGAGCUCAGCUCCCACUGGCGGCCCAAGGAUGUGGUUGUGGUGGCGCUGGGGCUGACAGUCAGCGUGCUGGUGCUGCUGACCAACCUGCUGGUCAUUGCAGCCAUCGCCUCCAACCGCCGCUUCCACCAGCCCAUCUACUACCUGCUCGGCAACCUGGCCGCAGCUGACCUCUUUGCCGGCGUGGCCUACCUUUUCCUCAUGUUCCACACGGGCCCUCGCACUGCCCGGCUCUCACUUGAGGGCUGGUUCCUGCGGCAGGGCCUCCUGGACACGAGCCUGACGGCAUCGGUGGCCACACUGCUGGCCAUCGCCGUGGAGCGGCACCGCAGUGUGAUGGCCGUCCAGCUGCACAGCCGCUUGCCCCGUGGCCGCGUCGUCAUGCUCAUCGUGGGCGUGUGGGUCGCUGCACUGGGCCUGGGGCUGCUGCCCGCCCACUCCUGGCACUGCCUCUGUGCUCUGGACCGCUGCUCACGCAUGGCUCCCCUGCUCAGCCGCUCCUACCUGGCCGUCUGGGCCCUGUCCAGCCUGCUCGUCUUCCUGCUCAUGGUGGCUGUCUACACUCGCAUUUUUUUCUACGUGCGGCGACGGGUGCAGCGCAUGGCGGAGCAUGUCAGCUGCCACCCCCGCUACCGUGAGACCACGCUCAGCCUGGUCAAGACUGUUGUCAUCAUCCUGGGGGCGUUCGUGGUCUGCUGGACGCCAGGCCAGGUGGUGCUGCUCCUGGAUGGUCUGGGCUGCAAGUCUUGCAACGUCCUGGCUGUGGAGAAAUAUUUUCUACUUUUAGCUGAGGCCAACUCACUGGUCAAUGCCGUGGUGUACUCAUGCCGUGAUGCUGAGAUGCGCCGCACCUUCCGCCGCCUCCUCUGCUGUCUGUGCCUCCGCCGGUCCACCCACGAGUCUGCCAGCUACACACCCUCCACCCGGACAGGUGCCAGCACUCACAUCAUGCUUCCUGAAAAUGGCCACCCCCUGAUGGACUCCACCCUUUAGCCAACCUUGGACUUCAGCAGGGUGCAGUAAGCGCCAGAUCACAGCAUCUGACCACUUAUGGAUGCGCCUGGCUCUACCCAAUCUGUGGGAUAGACUUAAAGGCAGAUCCUCGGUCUGGCAUGGCACAGCACCACUGCCAGCCCUACCUAGGCAACAGCUCUGCCUGCCCCAGGGCCUGGGUGUUUGGGGUCAUUUCUAAGCACUCCGGAGAGAGUCAGAUGCAGUGCGGGAAUCUGGCUCUUCAGUCAUCUCAGGUUGUGGGGUUUUUAAAUGGACAUUUUUCUAUUUUUACUGCACAUCCCUGGUAAACUCUGUGAAUGGCUGUCUCGUCCGUGGUGGUAUGGGUGUUAAGGGUGGAAAAGAUGAGGGCUCUCUCAGGCCACGCUGCCCAGUGCAAUAGCAUAACAAGGACGGAACGUGGAUGCACUUAUCUGCCUGAGGCUGAUUCUGUAGGGGCACAGACUGAGGGGUGCUGAGUGUAAGCUGGGAAAUAUUUGUGGCCCCUUGCAGCCUCUGAGGGGUCUUUCCUGUCCCCAUUAGAAUUGAGGGGUUCUAUAGGAAGGGCAUGAUAUAAGGAAUAAACCAUUCUUUUUGCUCUGUCUCCAAAGCAUUUUCUGUCAUCAACUUAGUCUCUGUCCCUGUGUCCCAGAAUUGUCCACCUUGGCUCAGACUGUGCUGGGCUCCUUCAACAUGGCAUCUUCUUGGCUCUGUUCUCGUUCCUCUUUGGUCUCUGCCUGGCUGUUACUCCAUCUCUGUUGUUGGAAUCUUGCAUCCAUUUCCUUUUGUCUCUGUCUCCUCUGCCUGUUCCCCUGCCUCAUCUCACCAGUCACCUGUCUGUUUCUGUCCUCUGGAGCCCAGAAUGGUCUCUGACCCGUGUGAGCCCUCUCUCUCCCGCCUGCCCUUUUGUCUGAGUCUAGGUUGUGAAUAGUCAGGUGUGUCCAUCCCAUUGCCCACCCCACCUCCUACAUACAUAUCUGUGGGCCGAGGGUAGUGGGGUCUAUGAAGCAGGAUGCAGGAUUUGAGAGUUGCCAUUUCUCAAGCUCCUCUGAUGUGCCUGGAACACUGAUAAGCACUUUAGAUGCAUUAUUUAAUCAUCACCUGCAUCUUGUGAAAUAAGUAUUACACUUAUUUUCACGUGAGGACAGUGGUUCAGAGAGGUUGAGAUCUGGCCGACGGUUACACAGCUUUGAAAGGGCACAGAGAUGCAUCAAGGGACAAGAGAGGCCCCUGGGGAAAGGGCUUCAGAUUCCCACAAAGUCCAGGGUUGGUCACAAGCUCAGCCUGGCUUUCCCCACCUCACCCACGGCCCCUCAAGGCCUCAGAUGUGCCAGACCCAUGAUGAGCCCCAUCUCAGAUGCUCAUAGAGGCACCCUGCCAGACACGAUGUAGACCAGGACCUAGAUUCUCUGCUGCUGGCUCACCAGGGAGGAGACAGGGUUAUGUCUCUACUUUAGGUUCACAUGCUGAAUAACAGCUGGAAUUUGAACCCAGUCCUCUCAUCAGA